AUGUUACAGUGGACAGUGCAUCUGGAGGGCGGGCCACGAAAGGUGAACCAUGCUGCAAUGGCCAUUGGGUACCGAGUAUACUCCGUCUUGGGACACUGCUCUGGUGAAGACUACGAGACACUUCAUCAGAUAGAACACAUUUUCAAUGCUGUGUCCUUGCGUUGGACAAAGCUGCCCCCAGUGAGGCCUGCCGUCGGAGGGCAGGCUCCUGUUGUACCCUAUAUGCGGUAUGGACACUCAGUCGUCCUCAUCGAUGACACAGUCUUCCUUUGGGGUGGUCGCAAUGAUGCUGAAGGGGCCUGCAAUGUACUCUGUGCCUUUGAUGUCAAUACUUACAAGUGGUCUACACCCCGAGUGUCAAGAACAGUUCCUGGGGCCCGGGAUGGACAUUCAGUUUGUGUCCUGAGCAAGAUCAUGUACAUUUUGGGGGGAUAUGAGCAGCGGGCAGACUGCUUUUCCAAUGACAUUCACAAGCUGGACACCAGCACCAUGAUAUGGACCCUUGUUUGCACAAAGGGCAAUCCUGCACGCUGGAGGGAUUUCCGCUUAGCCACGAUGCUGGACAAUCACAUAUAUGUUUUGUGUGGCCGUACUGACCUCUUUGGACCAUUACAUUCCAACAAUGAGAUUUACUGCAGUCACAUUCGAGUCUUCGACACCAGAACUGAGGCCUGGCUCCACUGUCCACACACUCUGGUGCUACCUGAGAGAGGCAGGAGCCAUUCAGCCUUUGGCUACAAAGGAGAGCUGUACAUCUUUGGGGGCUAUAAUGCAAGGCUGAACCAGCAUUUCCACGAUCUAUGGAAAUUUAAUCCUGGGUCCUUUACCUGGAAAAAGAUUGAACCAAAGGGAAAAGGACGAUGUCCCCGCCGGCGUUGGUGUUGCUGUAUCGUUGGUGAUAAGAUUGUCCUCUUUGGGGGUAUCAGCCCCUCUCCCGAGGAAGGCCUGGGAGAUGAGUUUGACCUCAUAGAUCAUUCUGACUUACACAUCUUGGACUUUAGCCCUAGUCUGAAGACCCUGUGCAAACUGGCCGUGAUUCAAUAUAACCUGGACCAGACCUGUUUGCCUCACGACAUCAGGUGGGAGCUCAAUGCCAUGACCACCAACAGCACUAUCAGCUGCUGCAUUGUCUCCUCCCAUGGAUUGGAAGAAGUAUCUGUUGCCUCCCCUCCUGAGCCUGCUCUAGUCUUCACUGGCCCUGCCCAUCUCACCUGCCUGCCCCUUUGGACCCCUGGACUAGAGGUGUUUUCUGUGCUGUGA